AUGGGCGAAGGAAAAGGCUCAUCCCUAGUUCAUCUUCUAGUUAUCAUCUUAUUCUUAGUUGCUUUUGGUUUCGCCAUUGCCGCCGAACGCCGCCGUAGCACUGGAACCAUUCGCACAGAUAAUGCAACCAAUUCCACUUACUGCGUGUACGAUUCAGAUGUAGCAACAUGCUAUAGCGCCAUUAGCACCUGGUGGAAAUCGAGCUUGAACCAUCAUCUAUUUCACAUUCUCACUGCUGAGUUUUGUGGUUGCAGAAGCUUGUUUGAUAGCAGGGGCAAAGAGAGCAAGAUAGGGCUAAAAGAGAGAGGCCUGAAACGUGAAAAGGAAAGUGAGAGAGACCUGAAACGUGAAAAUGAAAGGGAAUUGGAAAGAUAUGAAAGGGAAAGAGAGCAAGAUAGGGCUAAAAGAGAGAGGGAAAGGGAAUACAAAAUACGUGAGGAUGAACGCAGAUACAGAGCACGUUUGAAAGAGUGGGAAAACAGGGAAAAAGAGAAAGAAAGGACACGCAAACAGGAGAGAUAA